AUGCGAUCUCUUUUCACCCCAUCCACGGCCACAGCGAUGCGCGUCAGCCUGUUGCGCGCGCCCCGCAGCACCCCAUCCGGCAACCGCUUGCUGUCCACCACGCGCGUGCGACUAGACGACCAGUCCCGUGCCAAAGGCGAAAGCCUCAAGCAGGUGGUCAACCGACCCGAGAUCACGCCGCUCUUCCUCUUCACCGGCGGCAUCGUCUGCCUCGCGCUGUUCUUUGGCUCGCGCCACCUCAUCAAGGACAAGGAGCUGCGUCUGGACCAUGCGCAGCAGAACCGGCUCAAGACGCAGACCGAGCAGCUCGACUUUGACGCCAUGAAACACGUCGCCGAAGACCCCGAGGGCAAACUCACCAAACAGGCCAUCGACGAGGAGCGUGAGCGAUCCAAGCGCCUCGAACAGAUCAAACAGGAGAAACAAGACAAGGCCAACAAGAAACUCUGA